GCAGAUAAUAAGUACACCAAAGACGCAACAAGAAGCAAGUAAGCAGCUAGCAGAGUCGAUCGUUGAGCUUGGAUUGAUCUGAUGGCGCGCGGGAAGGUAGCGGAGUGGAUACGGAAGAGGACGAUGCCGAGGAAGUCGUCGUCGUCCCGGCGCCGGAGCAGUACUCCCAGCGGGGCGGCCGAGGAGCCGAUACUACGGGAGGAAGCGCCGGAGAGCUGGAGCGGGGCGCCGUCGCCGGCUCCGAGAAAGUCGGACUCGAAGGUCCGAUCGAGCGGCUUAGCGGCAAUGCUCCGGUGGCGGCCGCGCGUGAACGUGGUGGCCGUGCUGUACGGGAAGGUGGUGUACCACCUGAUGUGGCUGGUCGAGUCCGUCGUGGUGGUGGGAAGACUGGUCUUCUUCCUCAUGCGCUUCGGCUUCAAGCAGCUCUGAAUUCUCGUGCGACUAUGCAUGGCGCUGAGGGGCGAGUGCAAGAAACGUGCGUGAUUCUUUGCUUGACUUUUAUUUUGACUUUUUUAUUCUCUUGCGCGAAUUCGUUUUGCCGUUUUUCAGUGGCAUUCGAUCGGUGAGAAGUUGUAAAUGCCCUCGGCCCUCUUGUCUUGUGUAUAAAGAAA